AUGGCAGCAGACCGGUGUGGCCUGGAACAGCUACCUAGCUCUCAGUCUCCUCCUCUGUACGAAGAGACCUGCUCUCUGGAGGGGACCAAGGCUGGUGUGGUGCUGGAGCUGGCUAAAGCAGGGCCAUGGAGGAGGAUGAUCCCCAAGGAGCAGAAAGGCCCUGUGCUGAAUGCCAUGGGGGACCUCGCUGGACAAGUCCCUUCCUUGAACCUGGGCAAGAAGCUGAGUGUGCCUCAAGACCUGAUGAUGGAGGAGCUGUCACUUCACAACAACCGGGGCUCCCUCCUCUUUCAGCAGAGGCAGCGCCGUGUGCAAAGGUUCACCUUUGAGCUUGCAGCCAACCAACGGGCAAUCGUGGCCGGAAGCGCUAAGGGGCAAGUGACCAGAACGGCGGAGCCAGGGUCAGUGAGAUCCGAGGCUGUCAACGGCCCCGAGGGUCAGGAGAAUUUUCAUUCGGAACUCAACAUCUUCCCGCCCGGGCCUGGCGGCUCUGAGGACGCCCACUCCCAAGCCGCCCCAGUGGAGCGCGCCCGCACCCCCAGCGCCUUGGCGCCAGGCUAUACGGAGCCCCUGAAGGGAGUCCCACCCGAGAAGUUCAACCACACAGCCAUCCCAAAGGGUUACCGCUGCCCCUGGCAGGAGUUCAUCAGCUACCGGAAUUACCAUCACAGCGGCCUCAGGCCAACUCCUGUCCCCACAGACUACCGCAGUUUCAACAAGACCCCAGUGCCAUUUGGAGGACCCCUUGCUGGGGAGAUUGCUUCCAGUGCUGGCAUGCCCUUUGCCCCAGAGCUCAUCAGUGGUUUGGAACUCCUCCGUCGAAGACCCAACUUCAACAGAGUGGCACAGGGCUGGGUUCGCCACCUCCCAGAGUCCGAGGAGCUGUAG